AUGCCCGCUCUGAUACCAAAUGAAAUUCCGGAUGAACCAAGAAUCGUAUUCCCCAAACUCAGAACCACUGAGUAUCACUUUAUUAGAAAUCUGAUUAAGAAGUUAGCCUUCGAGAUCUUGGAUCACUCCAAAUCUUCGCGUGAAUAUCUCCUCUCCAAACUGAACUCAUCCUGUUGUGAUCUCCACGUCAUUCGUUCAUUUGGCGUGCCAGAGAGGGAGUACUUCUCAGAUGAUGACAUUAUUGAUGGAGAUGAUGAGGGGGUGAUAACAACUGAUGAUGAUGACAGUGACACUGAUCGUCACUGGGAAGAUUGGGAAGAAUAUCAACUCAUUGAGGACAUGAAGAAACAGCAAGUCAAUGACUCAGACACAAGUUCAUCGUCCGAUGAGGAUGAUGUUAAAAGUGGCAAAGAAAAGCUUGGAGAGCAAGCAACAAGGUCAUUGUCGACACUAGGAGUUCUCGGUUCUUAAUUAUCUUCCUUUUUUUUCAUCAGUUUAAGCAAGCAAGUUUCUGUUAAUUUCCUCUAAAGCUUCCAUAGAAGCUAUCAAGAUGUUUCUUUUAAUUUCCC